AUGAAUCCUCCUCCGAUACAAUCUUUUCGCAAAAACAUCGAGCCCCUGGACACGACCUACGAGGGUUUUGAAAAGUACUUGGAUCCCUAUCUGACGACCAGCAGACUGCACCAUCGUCCAUACUCAGCAGAAUAUUUAAAUAAGAUUUCCAAUUCAAAGGAUGUGAUCACAUAUUACACUUGUGCGAAACAACCUUGGGUUAGAUCACCGAAACCAAAUUUGGAUAAAAGUUUACCAUUAAGUAGACCUAAAUCAAUGUUCGACAGAGAAAAAUUUAAAGAGGAUUUUAGAGAGAUCAGGACCCACAAUAAACUUAUAUGGACCCCAGGGUCUUUUCGCACCGAAGUGAGAGACAAUUACAAACAACACGAGACCAAAAUACACAACUAUGACGGAGAUGUACAGAAUUACUAUCAACGGUCUAUUGCCCAUUUAUAAACGAGGAUAAGAGAUACGACAAAUAAUUUUUA